CCCUCUUUCUCGUUUUCUCUCCUUUCUUUUUCUCUCUCCUUCUCUCUCUCUCCCUCUCCCUCUUUCCCCUUCUUUCUCUUCCCCCUAGUCUUCCUCCUCCUCUCUUUCCUCAGGUGCAUCUUGGGAGAACAGGUGUGAGGGAGGAAGAGGCUCCCCAAAGUUCCUUCCUUCCUUCUUUCCUUCCCUCUCCUCUUCCUUAUAAUCUCCAAAGUGCUGCUAGCAAGUCAUGAUGGUUGAAUCUGCCUCGGAGACAAUACGUUCCACUCCCUCCAGCCAGAAUGGUGUCAGCAGUCUAAACAAUCCAACUGAUGGAGGAGGUGGAGGAGGUGGCGGAGGUGGUGGUGGUGGCUGUGGAAGAGAAGGAGGAGCCAGUGGGGAAACCAAUGGAGAAAUGAGCCCAGUGGAACUUCUGCAUUUUCAGCAGCAGCAGGCUCUUCAGGUGGCACGGCAGUUCCUUCUCCAGCAGGCAACAGGGCUGACCUCUCCCAGCAGCAAUGAAAAUAAGCAGCCAGCCGUUCAGGUUCCAGUGUCUGUGGCCAUGAUGUCUCCGCAGAUGAUCACCCCACAGCAGAUGCAACAGAUCCUUUCUCCUCCUCAGCUCCAAGCCCUUCUGCAGCAGCAGCAAGCAAUUAUGCUACAACAGUUGCAAGAAUACUACAAGAAGCAGCAGGAGCAACUUCACCUGCAGCUGCUGACUCAGCAGCAAGCUGGAAAGCAGCAAGCCAAAGAGCAGCCAUUAGGGAAUAAGCAGCUGGCAUUCCAACAACAGCUACUGCAGAUGCAGCAGCUGCAGCAGCAGCACCUGUUAAACCUCCAGCGACAAGGGCUGGUCAGUUUACAGCCAGGACAAGGCACCGUUCCUCUGCAGACCCUUCCACAAGCUGUGUGUCCCUCAGACCUUCAGCAGCUGUGGAAAGAGGUUACAGCUACUCAGCCUGUAGAAGAAAGUAUCAAGCAAGAGGGACUUGACCUCAGCACCAACACCUCCAAUUCUACCUCGUUUUCGGCCGCCAAGGUCUCUCCUCCAAUUUCCCAUCACCCUCUCCCCAAUGGACAGAACGCCAUGCUCGCACAAAGGAGGGACAGCUCUUCUCAUGAGGAGACCCCUGGUUCUCAUCCUCUGUAUGGACAUGGAGAGUGCAAGUGGCCUGGUUGUGAAACCCUCUGUGAGGACUUGGGACAGUUUAUCAAACACCUCAAUACAGAACAUGCACUUGAUGACCGGAGCACGGCUCAGUGUCGAGUUCAAAUGCAAGUGGUACAGCAGCUGGAAAUACAGCUAGCUAAAGAGAGUGAACGUCUCCAGGCAAUGAUGGCCCAUCUCCAUAUGAGACCUUCAGAGCCAAAGCCCUUCAGUCAGCCUCUUAAUCUGGUUUCCAGUGCCACCCUCUCAAAGAGCACUUCUGAUACCUUCCCUGAUGGAUUACCUCAUCCCCCCACCUCUGCUACUGCACCCAUUACUCCAUUGAGACAGGGUCCUUCUGUCAUCAGCUCAUCCACUUUACACAGCGUAGGGCCUAUUCGCAGGAGAAACUCAGAGAAGUUCUGCACGCCAAUCUCCUCAGAACUUGCACAGAAUCAUGAGUUUUACAAAAAUGCAGAUGUUCGCCCCCCCUUCACAUAUGCCUCACUUAUCCGACAGGCUAUCCUUGAGACGCCCGACAGGCAGCUAACAUUGAAUGAAAUCUACAAUUGGUUCACACGGAUGUUUGCCUAUUUCAGGAGAAACACAGCUACCUGGAAGAAUGCCGUGCGCCACAACCUGAGCCUGCACAAGUGCUUUGUGCGAGUGGAGAAUGUCAAGGGAGCUGUCUGGACAGUGGAUGAACACGAGUACCAAAAGAGAAGGCCACCAAAGAUGACAGGGAGUCCAACUUUAGUCAAAAAUAUGAUUUCUGGCCUUAGUUAUGGAGCACUUAAUGCCAGCUACCAGGCAGCCCUGGCUGAGAGUAACUUCCCGCUUCUGAACAGUCCCACUAUGAUCAACACAAGCUCCACUAGUGGCAUGCUACAUGUUGGCCAUGAUGACGUGAGCAGCACUGUGGAACAAGUCAACAGCAAUGGCAGCAAUAGCCCCCGGCUUUCACCACAACAGUACAGCCACCAAGUCCAUGUGAAGGAAGAACCAGCUGAGACAGAAGAUGACAGCAGACCUGUUUCUCUUAUGGGAACAACUAAUCAGAAUGUGACAAUUCCUGAUGACAGAGACCUGGAGGAGGAGCUGCCAGUGGAAGAGUUGUCUUAAGGGCCCUCCUUCCUCACCUUGGGCCCAGCACUUCCCCAGAGACAAAGUAAUGGCUCCCACCUCCUCAAGGUGACCUUCAGCGUUAUCUUGUUUAAGGCACUUCUACAAAGCAAAGGGGUUUCCUUGGGUCUACCCAUUGCUGAAGGCACACCCUUCUUCCCCUCCUUACAUCCCACUGACUCUUAACAGACUUUCAUAGAGGGGGAUGUGCAAAAAAAAAAAAAAACAGAGUUGAGUUUUUUUCUUUUUCUUAAUUUUUUUUAAUUUUGUAAUUGGUAAACGAGGAUGGUAGGUUGUUUCUGUCCGAAGACUUCUUUGUUGCCUCCCCUGUUUUCCAUCACCCCACCAUCAUGGGGAUAAAAAGACGGUGUCUCGUAUUGUCUGCUCUGUGUUCUGUCAUUUUCAGCUUAAAUGCCAUGUUUCCACAAGAAAAGAGUUUGGAAGCAUCCAGUCUAACAAGGGGUAGCAUUCAAGCCGUGGGCUUCUGUGAAUGUCCCCUACUUUCCUAUGGAAAGUAUUUCCAAUAACCUGCCAGUUAAUCCCACUGAGAAUGUUGCACUAGGAGGAAUCUUUUCAGGCACACACAACACACACACAAAAACACAAUUUCAACAAGUUGGAACAGCAGGUGGAAACAUUACCCUUACUGCAAUCCUGAUAUCCCAACUUCUUUGUAUUUCCCGACUGAGAAAGAAAGGAAAAACUGAGCUGGAUAUAAUGAAUACACUGUAGUUCAGCAAGCAGCCAAAUGGUUUCUCACUGCCACAUAUAAAACCACUGGUUAGUCUUUCUCCAACCUGUGUUUCUGCUCCUGCAAGUUCAAGAAUCACUCCUGUUUAACCAGUCAUGCUUGACAGCCGGUCUUCAGUCCACAAACUUUGUCACAAAAUCCAGGGAUGAAUGUCCAUUCCGUGCCAUCACAUACUGUGAAACUUAUUCCAGAAGCCAACACCUGGGCAAUUGGAAAGCAAGCUGAUGCUGCCCAGCAUAAGACUGAAUUCAAGGAAAGACUGUGACUUCUACAAAAGGAAGCCUUUACUUGUUCCUCCUAGUUUGUCAUAUUCUGUCCCUUCUGUUUUAACAAAACUGUGGAUGAGGCCAGAAAGCACUGGUUGUUUAUGUGUGGGUGGAGAGAUGUGUUAAAUGAAAAUAACUAGUAGAUAUGAAUGAAGCUGAUUUGACAAAGCUGGCAAAAUUUGAAGCACUUGGAAUGGGGUGGGGAAGGGGACAGACCAGUGUUAUGUGGUGGUAGAAAACAAACCAAGACCUGGUUUACCAUGCAAAAACUCAAAAGCAAUAUAGAUAAAUAUGAGAUCAACCACACUUUUUCUUUUGUCACCAAUCACAGCAAAGUUAUGGUGAAGUUUCAGCUCCUUCUAGGCAUUAGAUUGCCCGAUGGAACUCAAAUACCACAACUGGUUUGCUAGUCAUUAGUUAUUAGAAGCCAGCUAACUUGGAGGGAACAAUAACUUUCCCAAAUGUUAUAGUGUGACAGGUGUACCUCUUCCAGGUGAACAAACAGUGUUAACCAAAAACCAUUCCAACAUCCUUUGAUUUUUGUCAGCUCAAUGUCUCAUUGCCUCACAUCAGAAUUCAGAUUUAAAAAUAUAUAUGAUAGGCUGUUCUGAUAACAGAAGACAGGUUUCCAAAGGGUAUUUGCCUCUUCUUCCAUGAGAGGGCAAUACAAAAACUCUCUUGAGGAACUGAGACUCUGUCAGUUGCUGGUGAGAGAAAUUAUCUGGGUCACUUUGAGACCACAGAUACAGUAGAUCAAGGAUGGUGGAUACUGUGCUUCUGAAGAGUCUCUUGACACGAACUAAUGUGUGCUUCCUGUUCCCAUCAUUAAAUAUUAGUAGCUUAUAUACAGGGCCUAAUUGGGAUACAAAAAUUGCUCCCAAAAUAUAAACAGCAGGGCAGUUAUUUUGGAAGACAAGCUCAUCCUUAACAACCUGGAUAAUUUCCAAAACAGUAACGGAUCUUCUUCUGUACUCCUACACUUUGUGUUAGAAGCAUAAACUGCCACGGCUAUGCUUGAAGAAUAAAGUGCAACAUCCAUGAGUUUGCCAAAUCCUAUCUCUGUAUUAAGGCUCCAAGGGACUUUAUGGCACUGUAUUUAACAUGAUUAACGUAUUUUAGGAUUUCUUCACACCAUCCUGUGUUUCAUAAUUGGAUUAUGCCUACCCCUUGCUCCAAGCACCAUGCAUUUCAAGGAACAGGGUGAAGUGAGGGCCAAAGUCUUUUGGGUAAGGAGGGCAUUAACCUACACAGAAUGUUGUCUUUCCCCCUGGCACAUAGCAUUGCUCCAUUUAUCUCCAAUACAGUGCAUUCUAAUUGUAUUAAGUCCCCUGUUCACCAGCUGGCAAACUAUUAUCCCCUUCGAGACUUAACUUGGAGGGUUAUAGUAAAUCAGUUGGCACUAUAUAAAAAGACACAUUAUUUCUCUGCAACCCUAAAUUUCUGUUUUAUAUAUGAAUGGAAGUUGGGAUCUAGUCUCAUGGCCAAUAUCAAAUUCAUUCUCUCUGUCUCUCUCUAUGUGUGUGUGUCUCUAUCUCUCUUAUAUAAGUCCACCUCUCUUGGGAAACAAAGUGAUAAGUGAUUUGCAGUGGAGUCCCUGAUUAACCUGCAGCAACGCUAAAGUCACCUGUCAGAAUGCUUUGAGCCUGUCUUUUUCCAAUGAAGGUAUCCCCUAGAAGGGUCUCUGAUGUGUGAUUCUAGCAAAUCCCAUGUUGUUUCUUAAAUUCUGAUAUGAUAUGCCCUAUGAGCUCUCACCACCUUAGCCAGUCUAGACCACACCCCUUUGUGUUUUACAAAUCAUUUUGAUGGUGGUUGUGGAGAAGGAACUGUAUCCCUCCAUACAUAUUGUUGCCUCUUUUUUUGGUAAACCUUGAGAGGUUCUUUUAUCUGAUGUCAGUGUAGCACACAAAUCAUACUUCGUUUCUAAUCCUUUCCUUCUAAAUAGCGUGCAUAAGUGAAACAAUUCAGAUUAUUUCAAAUCUAGACAAACAGUCAGUAGGAAUGAAAAAUACUCUCCCUUUGUGGUUCAUGGCUAAAGAAUAAAAGAAGGCCAGAGCUCUCACUCUGAAAUGACUGGUACUUGGAUCCUGGAGUUUACACUAGAGGGCUCCACUAAACAUGUAGCUUCCUAGCUCAGAUUUCUAAUUUCACCAGGCUGAGCAAAAUUGCAAAGUGUAUUAUUUAGAAGAUUUGAGGGAAUGGCUCUGAUUUGACAUGAAGCAGACUAUACUUGUGGGGGAAAGAGGGACAGUCUCUAAACUUCAGUAAUUUGGAAGUGCUCAUGUCUAAGAGAUGUUAGUCAAACUACAAGAGCUUUUUAAGACCCUCCCCACAGAAAACUAUCAGUUGAAGAGCAAAGUGGCUGGUUCUUCAAAGCUCACAAAAGCAGGAAAAAGAGGACUGCUGGAGCUGAGAAUACCUCAAACCCCUCUGAUUCUGUACUUCCCUCAGGACCCUGCUGAAUUCCAGAAGCAGCUCGGGAAACUCUUCCCAUCCUUUGACACACCGCACCUCACUUUUCCUGUUGGGGUCAUAUUUAAAUGCCUCCCUAGUACAGAAUGCUUUACAAUUGGCUUAACCAUUAACCAAAGACCUUUUUUAGACAAGAAGCAUAAACCAAAACACUUUAUUUUAAUUUUUGUUUGGUGCUUUUAUCCUGAUGUGUUCCAAACUUGCGCUGGCCAAAAAGAGAAAUUCACAAAGAUCCUGCAUCCCUCUUAGCCCUUUUGUCACUUUCUUUUGAUUUUAAGUUAUUAUUUAAACCAAAGUUUACAGGUGCUGUUUUGUACACUUCUAAUGAAGGCAGACCAGAAUCAUGGAUUGCUGCUUUGUGUUUGUUGUUUGCCAAACUGAGGGUGCGCUAUGGAAUCCAGAGAAGGUUUGCAUUCCAUGGAUCUCUUUUGAACUGGUUCCAUCUUCUCUUUUUUCAAAUCAUAACUACCCUCAUUUUGUCUUUUUAACUUCUCAGCUAUUGUUUGUACACAAUAGGAUUAUUCUCUUUGGUUUUAGAAUUAUUUAUCCUCCCCUUGCCUUUGAUUUCUAAAUGAUUGUUGCCCUAACUCUUUAUUCUUAUCCUACAAAAUUAUUGGAAAUGUUGUUUGACACAAUCUCUUGGUAGCACGGGUUUCUGAAUAAGUAUGUGCAAGGUAGGGCUUUUUUUUUACAUGGGGCAGCAUUUCUUAAAAAUCUGAUCCCAUUAACUCUGAAAAUAUAUCUUCUGGGAUUCACCCACCACAUUCUUUGUAACACAUAGGUUCAGCUCUUUGUGUGCAGUAAAAUGCUUCUUAGAGCUGUCUCACAAGCUAUGUUCUAUAUUGUGUCAAAUUGCUUUGCAAACAAAUCCAGAACUGUGUAGUUACAACCUUACCCUUUCUUUUCUAGCAAGUUCUAUUAAGGCAGCUGCUUUAUUAUCAGUUCAGUCUUCAGCAUGAAGAUGCUACCACCCUGAUUCACUGACCUCUGUCUCCCACCACUACAAUACCCAUUUUUGUGUGUUUGACAUCGACAGCUGGUCCUGAGAUGUCCAAGUUAUAUGUUGUUCUGCCAGUAUUAAAUGUGCUGACACCUAGUACUGCACAGUCAAGAUCUGAACUGUAAGCAUCCUUGCUUGUAGGAAGAUAUUAUAACUGUCUCUGUUUAAACCCAAACCAGUGCUCCUUUUGGUGGUUUAUUUGCUUUGACCCAUUUAAAUUAAGAAGCCUAGGAAAAGGGAUCAUAGUAGCAUCACCUAAUGUAUCAUCCAUCUAUUGUAAACCAAUUUAGAGAGAGAGAUAAUAUGAAAUUAUGGCCAUAGUGUUGGGUAUAUGAGAACAAACCCAUACCUUGGUACAGUGAAAUAACCAAACCUUUCCUGUACUCUCUUAGUUAAGACAGCAGUUGUAGAAAAAGUCAAGUUGUUGGACUGAACUACUUUCCUGUUAUGCUUCCCAGUGGUUGUGCGUUUUUCCCCAAUACCAGAACUCCCCAUCCACAAACUGGACUGCCUGGCAAUCAUAGUGCCAUGACUACAACUUGGUCCAAGAAAAGUUAAACUAUUCUUCUGUUUAAAUGUACAAACUGGCACUAUGUUCUAGAUUAUGAGCAGACAAUACAGCAUCAGUAGCUUGCCUUGCUAUUGUGCUGGAAUCUUCCUGUCUUUUUUUAGAACUUUGACUUUCUCUUCAUACCAUCUGAUCCAGUGGUUCUCAUUCAUUGGUCUUCCAGAUGUUUGGGAUAUCAGCUCUCAGAAGCCCUAGCUAAUAUGGCAAGUGGUCAAGGGAUUCUGAGUGUUAAACAUUCGAAACAUGUUGCAAAACCAAAAUUGAAAACCACUGAUCAAGUUUUUUCAUUGGGCCCAAUUGAAAGUAGGGCUCAGUCUUUGCCAUAAGAUAUACUCUGUACCAUUCAAUUUUCUCCCAGAAUGGAUCAUCUCUGGAUUGUAUUCCACUCCAAUCCAUUCCUACUAAUUAGAGUUCCUCUCUUCCUUCAUGGACAGUAUUAAGGUGUGUAUCCUUGCAGGGUAGUUUUAGUUGUAGUUCUUGCUGAAAUAAUAUACCUGCAUCUGAGGUCUGGGUGUUCAUGUGAUUGAAUUCCAUCUCAUACACAUUGAACAAGUUAUUCUCUCCCUGUAAAAAGACAGUUGUUGGGAAGGAGGGCUCUCCUUGAAGUUUUGUCUAUUCGUUUGUUUUAAUAUGGUGGGGUAUAUAAUCACAUUCACUGUUACCUAAAAUCAAACGUGAUAUGCCUCAGACGUUGAUUUUAUAAACCCCCUGGGAAGUUACUAAUUACUGAAGGGAAACUGUGUGCUAAUCUGUGUUAGAUAUUAUUACAAUAUUCUGUUUCUCAGGCAAGUGAUCCCUGCCUGAUCAGAGGUCAGAAGGACUCUUCUCCUCACUGCUUCAUACUGUAGCCCACUAGGUCUAAAACAUUGAAUGUGCUGUCCAGUACAGGGUUUAUAUGUGUUUUUGUCAUUGUGUUGUUGACAUUGCUUUGAAUCUUUUUUGGAUGUUGAAUCUACUCCUGGCCCUGCAGGGAUCCAACACAUAUUUGAGGGUCUAAUAUUAAUAAAUGACAUUUUGGAAGUUUAGUCUCUGUCCUCCAAACUGGCAUGCCCUGUAGGUAUUUCCAUUUCCAUAACUUCAAAAAAAAAACUUAUUAUCUCCACCAUGUGUCCUUGUCCAGCUUUCUCUGCAAUGACUUAGAAUUAAUUAACUUCUUAAAUUUAAUUUGGUCACUUCUACAGUUAUUCAGUGUUCAGUGACACUGCACUAUCCCAGUGAAAGAAGUGACACCAAAACAUCAGACUGGUUCUGUUGCUUUAAAAUUCAGGUCACCUUUUAUGUACUUGAAAAGAAUUCCCAUUUCAGUAAGAGGAUUGUUCUCAUAGUUUGUCUAUGGAUAAAGUUGAAAAGGUAGUAACUUGGAAAAGGGCAGCUGCUAUACAGAGAGAAGCAAAUCCUAAAUGUAUUCCUGCCAGUAAUAGGAUCCCGCUAACUUCACUUGGCAAUUGAUCCAGACCUGCCCUAGUUGUAUUCCCUAUAGCCACAGCCGUAAGAAUUUUACAUUGUGGUUGAUUAAUAAUCAGUAGAUUAUUAUUUCCUAGGGCUUAAAGUAUAUUUGACUAACACUGACACAGUCCUUAAAAGGAUACUGAAGAGUGAACAUAAUUCAGUAUUACUGAAUCAAUAUGCUGUUUGCUAAAGCUAUUCAGUUUGGGGUGGGUUUUGCCCUCUUAACAGCUUGAAAUGUAAAACUUGCUCUGAUCUUUCUUAUUGAUUGAACUGCUAAGACUUCCGUUAGCAACAUUUUCUUUAGCUGCUGCUUUUUGUUUAAAUCUGGCUCAAGUUCCCUGAUCUGUCCAAUCUUAUGUCGAGGCCAUGGCUUUGAGUGUCUUAUUGUUGUUUUUCCUGAAUUACAGAGCAGGAUUCCCAUGAGGGUAAUGUUCAUUUUGUUGUGAGACGUUCUUUACAAAGGGGCUUUCUAACCGUGUAGAACAGAAUCUCUAAACCUUGAUAACAAUGGACUUAGUGAAGACUGUUAGGAUGUGAGCAACUAUCAGGCAAAUGGUAGUAGUUGGUUUACCCUACCACUGUUGUCGGUGUCAGUUUUUUGUUCUGUUACAUUGGCAUAAGUCCAGAGAAUAUUAAUGAUCAGGUGGAGGUGUCCAAACAGUGCCAAGAAAUAGUUCAUCUGUGUUAAUAGUGUGUUUAGAAUAAGCUUGGGCCAUCCAUAGUGUUUCACUUACCUCCUUCCUACAAAACUGAUCCCUGUCUGGAUGCUCUGUACCAAAUGGGCACCGAAACUUUGAUUUCAUCUGUGGCAUUUGCUCUCUGUUCUGGGAUUGCAAAUGCCCUGGUCUUUUUUCAAAUAUCAGAUAAGGUUCUCUAGACCAUUGUUGUUGUUGGUAGACUUAAAGACUUGAAUGUUUUGGGGGUUUUUUUCCUUCCGUUCAGUUUUCAGUAAAUACAUAAUCAAAACAUCCACAUUUAUAUGCUUAUAUACACAGAAAAGGAACCUGUAAAACCUUAUUUCAACUUAAGCAUGUGAGAGGGGUGUUUUCCUACUACAUUAAGGUGCCUGCUUAUUGUUAUUCCAUGUGUCACCUAGAAGGGUAGUAAAGAGUUUUUCUUUGUUUGUUUUAAUGGAAAUUCUUGUGAUUCUGGUCAGUUGUCCUCAUACCUCUCCACUGGCUGCUAUGAGUCUGGACGAGAGGGGUCCAUUUCUUUGGCUACAAGUAACUUGGCAGUACUGGCCUUCCCUGAAUUUCAAUUACAUUAGGUACAUCUGUUUUUGCACAAAGAACUUUUCAUGAAACUUUAUUUCACUCAAACUCCGUGUAGUACUUAACUUUAAAAAUAUUUUAUUAUUUUUGUUACCUCAAAAUGGCUUUUAAAGGGGUAGUGAGGAAAAGACCAAACACAACUUAUGGCAGGAUAGUAUAUGUAUAUAUUGAUCUAUAUGCUGGUUGAAAACCUACUAAAAUUAGUUUAUUGUUGUCUGUUUAACUAUCCUGUGAUAAAACUAAUGCAGGGAAUAUUUUAGAAAGUUUUUUUUCCCCCUUAUUCUGGAAUUUAGGAAGCCAUUCUUGUAUCUCCAAUUCUUGACUUGGAUGCUGUUCCAAUUCUUUAUGUUGUCUUUGGUUUGUUUUCUUUCUGUAAAUUUGUUGGUAGAAACAGUGAGGAUGGGAGGAGAGAGACAGUUGCGGAAAAGGAACUGAGACACUGAUGUAAUCAUUUCCCUUCCCUUCUCACUUCCUGGCAGUUAGAGCAGUAGGAACAGAAGCAAAACACAUUGUAUGAAACCAAAGGUGUGUGUGUUUCAGUUUUGUACGUUGUUUACAUAAUUUUUAAUAUAGAUAUUUUUUCAGGAGAAAGACAAAAAUCCCAGUUGGAAAAUUCUUUAAAAUCCUGUUCUGUUUUAUCUAUGCUCUGAGUUUCCAGGUGUUCAUCUCCACAUUAAACAUAGAAACUCUCCAGAAUUUGCAAGUGAAGGUUGUUGGUUUGGGAGUUUAAUUUUUUCCCCACAUUUAGAUGGUUCCAAAAUGCUGAAGCAUUUAUCAGUUUUGAGUUCUCUUAAUGUUCAUUGUAAUGGGGCUCUGCUACUGUAGAAGUUGAAUAUUGGAGAUCAGUUACUCUCCCCUUUCUUAUUGAGCAUGUGCUAUGUGGAGUUUUCCUGAUGAUCCUCCCAAAGAGUUGAGGCUCUGCUUCUCUGAGUUUUUCACCACUUGGCAUUCUUGUCUUCCAAAUCUCUCACUGAAUCUCAGGUGGCAGGAAAACACCCAAGAACCAAUGACUAGUGACUUUCAAACCAUAUCAGCUUAGCCCUUCAGCAUGAGCCAGGUAGGUCAUUUGAUCUCACUGGAUAAAAAUGGGAGGUUAACAUGUCUCCUGGCAUGACCUGAUUUGUUCAUUUAUAAUAUUUUGUGUUGGCCUUCAGGGGCUUCUUCUAAUUAAAUUUUCUCUGUUGCAAAUGGAUCUCUUCUCCCUCAUCAUAGUACCCAAAAUAUGGUGGGAGGGUGGGGGACUUUGGCAUGUCAGCACUCUGCCCUGUUGUCUUUUCCUUCUCCUGGUACAUAGGAAAGGUCAAGAAAGGGGGCAAGACAUGCAGUGACCUUUAAUAUUGUGGGUUUUUUCUUCCUCACAUUUGUUGGUUUGAUGUGAUCAUCCUUUUAGCAGGUGGCAAGUCAGUGUGAAAGGAAAAGUUAUUAGGGAGGGGGAAAGGAUGUCUGUAAACCUUUGAUCCAUCCUCCUCUCACUGCUUCACACUGCCGUAUUUCCACUCUGUAUAAAGGAAAUAGCAUUGCUGUGUAUUUGUACUCUGGACUUCUGUGUGUCUGCUUUGGCAGACGGUAAACCCUUGUACAGUAGAUCUAGCUGCAUGUAAUCUGUAUGGACAAUGGCAUUAUAAAAUGCAAUAAAAUUAAAUUACCUAUGA